GAAGUAAUGUUCUAAGAAUGUCAUCGGGCAUCCAAAUAAAACCAAAGACUGCAGUACAGAAAAGCAAGACAUCUUCUCCUUUGCCGUGUUUUCCAGAACCUGCAGUUAAACCACAGCCAAAGCCUAGUGACAAGCUGAAUCCUAAAACUAUUGAUCCGUUUGGUGCUCAUUCUCGACCACCUUCUGCAUUUGCUGCUAUAUAUGCUAAAGGUGGCAUUCCGUGCAGGUUAGUGCAUGGCUCAGUAAAGCACAGACUGCAAUGGGAGUGCCUUCCUGAAACUGUUCCCUUUGAUCCUCUUCUUGUAACAUUGGCAGAGGGUCUAAGAGAGACAAAACAUCCCUAUACAUUUGUUUCAAAGGAGGGUUUUAAAGAAUUACUUAUGGUUGAAGGUGCUACUGAAAAAGCAAUUCCCUUGUUGCCUCGUCUAGUUCCAGUGUUAAAGGCUGCAUUGGCCCAUUCGGAUGAUGAAGUAUUUGGAAGGGGAUUAGAUGCUUUAGUUCAACUGAGUGCUGUUGUUGGCCCAUCUCUUAAUGAUCAUCUUAAGCAUCCACUCACAAAUCUUUCAAGGAGAUUAAUGGACAAGAAAUUUAGAGAAAAAAUUACUGUUGCUUUACAAAAGUUGGAGCAAUAUGGUGGAAAGGCAACUGUGGCCAUCAUCAAAUCUAAAAUUCCAACCUAUUGUUCUGUCUCCUCUUGA